UGGUUACAGAAAGAAACAUACUUUGAGAAAGAAGAUGAUAAUGAUGGGAAACACAUUUGGUUCAGGCAUGGCGAGUGUGUUUUUCUUAUGGGCAACCGUUCAACAGUUCUUCCCUAAUCACCUCAAGAUCGCCAUUAAGGAGUGUUUAAUCUCUUCAAUCCAACAAUUCACCUUUGUCCAGAGACUUUCAGACAGAUUCAUCACUUUCUUCUCUCCUUACGUCGAAAUUAAAAUCUCUCAGUACGAUGGUUAUCAAUACAAUCACGCCUUCGCAUCCAUCGAGACCUACCUUGGUGAAAAAGCUACCGACAAAGCCAAGCAUCUCAGAGCAAGCCAGGUCAAAGAGAGCAAAGACUUGGUCUUGAAACGAGACGACACUAGAACCCGAGAUGAGUACAAAGGAGUUAACGUCUGGUGGGAGAUUGAAACUGAUUCCGAAGGGUUUAGAACAUACAAACUCACUUUCCAUCGACGGUCACGUGACAUUGUAACGAAUUCUUACAUGAAACACAUUUUUGAAGAAGGGAAACUGAUAGACGCCAAGAACAAGAAGAUGAAGCUGUAUACAAACAACCCUAGCUCUAGCUGGGGUCCUAACAAGACUGCUUUAUGGAGAUGCAUUGAUUUUGAGCAUCCCGCGAGUUUUGAUACAUUAGCUAUGGAUUCAAAGAAGAAGGAAGAGAUCUUGAAUGAUCUUGCUGCGUUUAGUAAUGGGAAAGAGUACUACAAGAAGAUUGGGAAAGCUUGGAAGAGGGGUUACUUGCUGUAUGGGCCACCGGGGACCGGUAAAUCCACAAUGAUAGCUGCAAUGGCGAAUUUAUUAAACUAUAGUAUCUAUGAUGUUGAGCUCACAGCUAUAAAGGACAACUCGGAGUUGAGGAAGCUACUCAUUGGUACAGCUACUAAGUCUAUAAUUGUAAUUGAAGACAUUGAUUGUUCUUUGGAUCUAACGGGUCAAAGAAGUUUCAAGAAGAAGAAGAAGAAGAAGAAGAAGAAGGAGAGGUUCUUGAUGAGUUGGAAAAAAGAAAAAGAUAAAGACCAAGAAGAAGGCAAAGAAGAGAACAAGAGUUUUGUAACGCUUUCUGGUCUUUUAAACUUCAUAGAUGGGAUCUGGUCUGCUUGUGGACAAGAGAGGAUCAUUGUCUUCACGACGAAUCACUUGGCUAAACUUGACCCGGCUUUAAUCAGGAGAGGGAGAAUGGAUAUGCACAUUGAGCUGUCUUACUGUACUUUCGAGGCGUUCAAGAUUCUUGCCAAGAACUACUUGGAUCUUGAUACUCAUCCUCUGUACACUAAAAUAGAGUCUUUGUUGAAGGAAACGAAGAUUGCACCAGCUGAUGUCGCCGAGAACUUGAUGAAGAAGAAGAGUGAAAUAGAUGCUGAUGGAUCACUGAAUGAUCUGAUUGAUGCUCUGGAGGGGAAGAAUGCUCAGAAAGCCACAGUAGAUGAAAGCAGUGAGAAACAUGGUAUCAAAAGAUUUAAUCCAUUCCGCAAUUUAUUUUAAGCAUUUGAAUAUAAGAUUCAUGGUUGAUGUUUUUAGCUUAUAAGUUUUGUUUGUCUAAUAAAUAGUAAGCAGACUACAUAGCUGUUUAGACGAUUCGAUUAUCUUGUUUUUUUUUCUAACUUUUUAGCAUUUUAGAAUGCAGCACUUGCUAUUUGAAGCAUUUGAAUAUAAGAUUCAUGGUUGAUGUUUUAGCUUAUAAGUUUUGUUUGUCUAAUAAAUAGUAAGCAGACUCUACAUAGCUGUUUAGACGAUUCCAUUAUCUUGUUUUUUUUUCUAACUUUUUAGCAUUUUAGAAUGCAGCACUUGCUGUAGCCAAUAAUCAUAGAUAAGUGAAAAAAAUGUGAAAUAGAGACAACAUUAAAUGAGAUGGCUUGUUGUUUGUUUAUAAAGUUUUCUCAACAUUCCUGCCAUGGCCAUGUCAAGUAUGUAUUACGUUAAAAAAAAAUGUAUUACGUUGUUCUACUAUUCAAAAGUCACAAACACUCUGAUUGAAUAAGAGAAUCUUCAAUUCGAUGUCUCACUAAUAUAAGAUGAAAUGGAUUCUCCAUAUAUACACGUACACCUUUGUAUCCAUGCAAAUAUAU